AUGCACUCGGAGUACGAAAAAAAGAUAGAAAAGCUAAAGUCAGAGAAAAAAAAGGCAGAUACCAGUAAAAGCUCAAAAGAUACGGAUAAAAAAGACGCAGAGAAAAAAGAGAUGGACCAAAAGGAGCUGGAAUCGCACAUAUCUGAAGCAGAGGCCAUUGACCUGUGCACGCUCGAAGCGAAGAAGAUCGCAAAAGAGCUUACAGCCACCGAAGUGAAAAUCCUAAUGGACAUAACCCCCAUUGAAAUUCUCAAGUUCAGCUAUGACAGCGAGGAAGAGGCAUCGCCCACGCUUGUUGGAUACAUAAAGUUUACAAAGGGCCUCUCCUCCUACGUUACAACAAGCGUUUUAGACUGUCUGGAGGAAAAAACAGAAAAAGUGCAGGCCCACCGCCAAUUUCAUGCGCAGAGCGAAAAAACAGCUGCACAGAAGCACUGGGUGGACGUGAUGAAAGCCCUUGUGGAGCAGAACAACAGAAACAGCGCAGACGCCGUGUUCAAAGGGCUUAUGAAAACAGAUCCACCGCGCAUUCUAAAAGAGGAAAUAUCCGAUCUCCUAAAAAAAUCAGCAGAUGCAGUCUCGCAGGAAACAGAAAAAGACAUGCAGACAUCCAACAUACUCUACAUACGCGAUGUUAAGUCGGUUGAAAAGCACCUGAUCGAUGCGAGCUGCAACAAAAACGACAGAGAGUCUCCAGCAAAGUUUCGGAGAAUCAUUGAGUACUUGAACUACAUACGAGCCCACGCCGAGGUGGAAAUAGAUGAAAAAAUAAACCACGCGCUUGUGCACACCUUCCGAAACGCAAAAGACGUGCGAACAGGAAGCGCAAAAGAAAGCGAGGUGUUCUACACGGGGUGCUUUCUUUUUUUGGAAAACUCCAGCUUCAUUUCAUUAGAAUGA